AUGGAUGGUUGCUUUGAUGGUAUGGAUACCCGCAUCACCCAGCUUGAAGAGGAUGUGGUUUCUAUUGCUAGUGCUGCAAAUGUAUUUGUUCAAGUGAAUAAUAUCCCUAUGCUGAAUGGGACAAAUUUUAAGGUCUGGAAGGAAGCCAUAGAAAUUGUUCUCGGCUGUAUGGAUUUGCAUUUGACACUGAGAACGAAACGAUCCACUUCCACUCUGAAAGCCUUCAAUGAGGUAAAAAUUGAGAAAUGGGAUUGUUCAAAUCGAAUGUGCAUUAUGAUCAUGAAGGGCUCUAUUCCAGAAGGGUUUCGAGGCUCUAUUUCUGAGGGUGAAAAUGCAAAGAAAUUUAUUGAUGAAAUUGAACAAUACUUUGCCAAAAAUGAGAAGGCGAAGACGAGUAACCAUUUGGCUAAACUCAUCUCCAUGAAGUAUAAGGGAAAAAGUAAUAUAUGGGAGUACAUAAUGGAAAUGUCUAACUUGGCAUCUAAACUAAAAACACUUAAGUUAGAGCUUGGUGAAGAUCUGCUUGUGCAUUUAGUUUUGAUCUCACUUCCUGCACACUUUGGGCAAUUCAAAGUGAGUUAUAACACUCAGAAGGACAAAUGGUCCCUUAAUGAACUUAUAUCUCACUGUGUACAAGAGGAAGAGAGGUUGCAGAGAGACAGAUCUGAAAGUGCCCAUUUAAGCUUCACCUCUCAGAAUAAGAAAAGAAAGAAACUAAGGGUAUUGCUGAAGGGUCUUCUCAGCAAAAGAAACCAAAGAAGGAUGAAGAAUUUACCUGCUACUUCUGCAAGAAGUCUAGACACAUGA